UUCUUGGACGACGAAAUAUCCGGGGUGACACAGAGUAAGCCAACAUUUUAGGUAAAAACGCCUCAUGGGGUAUAAAGGGGUUUUUUAAAAAUCGCCCCUGUCUCGUUUUGACCAUGACUAUCAUGGCUACAAUCCCGGAAUCCACCUCUACUGUUGAUGUCAGAAUUAUCGAUACAAACACGCUCCUCUAUCUCAAGACGGGCUUAUUUUGGGAGACAAAGCUCAAAGGCUUCGAAGGCCUCCACGCCCCGACGUACUGCUUCCUAGUCUCUCACGGUAGUCGGCACGUGCUUUUCGAUCUUGGGGUCCGGAUAGAUUGGGAGAAUUAUGCGCCCAAGAUCGUCCAGCUGAUUAAAGCCACCACUAAAGUGGCUACUGGCCUUGAUGUUGCCUCGGUUCUCGACAAGGACGUAAGCGGGUUGCAAAUCCGUAGUAGUGAUGUCGAGGGUAUCAUCUGGUCGCAUAAUCAUUUCGAUCACACCGGAGAUCCUUCUACGUUUCCGCCCAGCACCCAGCUCGUUGUUGGGCCUGGUGUCAAAGCUGCGUCUUGGCCCGGGUACCCGUCGAAACCAGAUGCUGGCAUCCUUGAUACCGAUGCAGCUGGGCGCGAGGUCCGCGAGAUCACCUUCGCGAGUGCCGAGCUUCGCGUAGGUAGCUUCAACGCCUUUGACUAUUUCGGUGACGGGUCAUUCUACCUUCUCGAUGCACCUGGCCAUGCUAUUGGCCAUAUGUGCGCAUUAGCACGUACUACAGCUGAUCCCCCCUCGUAUGUCUUCAUGGGCGCAGAUGCGUGCCAUCACCCUGGCAUCAUCAGACCGAGUGGGCGCUUACAUAUUCCGCGGGAAUGUAUUUGCGCGGGCUUAUGGAAGAAUACGGGGGAACCGCUUCUAAGUGUACCCCGGGGACUGGUCUUUGCGGACCAUGCCGCUGCUGUGGAAACAGUGCACAAGAUCCAGGAGUUGGACGCUUUGAGGGAAGUCUUCGUCAUCCUCGCGCAUGAUACGACACUGAGGGGACGUAUUCCGUUCUUUCCCGAGCGUAUUAAUGAUUGGCAAGCGAAAGGUCUGCGCGAGAGAACGAGGUGGCUAUUCUGCCAAGAUUUCAAGGCAGCUGAGAUCACGCAGUAGCAAUAUUAAGGAAAAGGGGUCGCCUGCUACAGCACUGCAUUCAUCAUCUGACACAUACUAUAGGUACAUACAUGUAGGUCUCAGUUCAAACAGUACCUAAUGCUAGGUAUUUACCUUAUAGUGCAUCA